AUGGCCACUCCCACGGACACUCUCACGAUCAUGGUCACUCCCACGCUCACGGCCACGGAGAGACUCAAAACAGGGAGUACUUCAACAUCCUCUUACGACUCCAAGCACGAGAAAACCCUCGACAAGCUGGUUGAGGAGAUCAGGAAGCGGAUCGAUUUCAUUGGUGUUGAGUGGGCUGACGAGGAGAGCUCCGGUGACGAGGAGGAGAAAAAAGAGGACAACAGGGAGAAGAGGGAGGUGAGGGAGGCUCUUGCUCCGUAUACCACCCAGUGUGUCGGCAUUGAUUUGUCCGAGAAUAUGGUACGUCCUCUUCCUGGUGCUGAGCUUGCUUCAGAGGCAAACAAGCACGCAUGGCUGACAGGAAGAAACCAGGUGGCUACCUACAAUGCCAGAGCCGCAAAUCAGGACCCUCCCCUCGCAGCCCGCCGCCUCGUUGAGCGCCUCAGGCCCGGCUCCGGCGUGCUCAUGAUUUUGGACUUCCUCCCCCACGAAAAGAUGGACGCCUCCCAUCCUGCCUCUGGCACUGUCAUCCACCACGGCUUUUCCAAGGAGCAGAUCCAGAAGAUCUUUGAAGAUGCCGGAGCAGGAGAGCAUUUCGCCUUUGAAGAGCUGGCGGUUGUUUUCAACAAAGCUGCGGGGACGAGGGAGGAGAUGAAGAGGAAGAUUUUCAUGGCCAGGGGGACGAGGAGGGCGGAGUAG